AGGAGGGUGGGAGGGUAAAGAAGCUCAGAGAGAGACUGGAUCUGCAUUAUAAGUAGCUAUGAGAGCAGCAAGUGUCGGGUGUUUUCAACCUGUUUUUUAAAAUGCUCUAAUGCGAGGAAAAGAGCGAGCGGAGCAAAAGGAGGAGGAACCAAGAAGUGGGACAUCAGUUCUGAAAAGUCUGCUGUGAUUAGGAAGAAAGCCAAGUGCAAAGAAGGGAGGAGGGGAAGCCGAGAGGAACACAAGGCAGCAAUGGAUUGCAGAAUGGCUCGGCCUGACCCUGGGACGGCCUGCUGGAUUCACACACUGCCGCUGGACGCUGUCCAGCACACGCUCUAGGCUGCGAACGGCGGAGAGCUCCUAUGUGGCUGUCUAGCCAUGCUCCCUGCGUAUGGAUUCUCACCUUUUCCUGAUUUCCAUCCCCACCUUCACGCUUUUCGCUGCCGAGGAGAGAGCCCCAGCAUGUGGAUUCCUGGCUCCGGAGAGUCCCACAGUCCGAGCGAGUCCAAGGAGGGUCGGCCUCUCCUCCAUCCCAUCCAUCCCAACCACGUGGCGGUGUGCCAGCAGGAAACGCUGGCGUUUAUUGAGCUACAACAACCAGCACCUUCUAAGUUAAACUGUCUUGGCUCUCAGAGGCAGAGCAGUGAUCCAGACGCACACUCCCAACCUCUAAAUGGUUUACAACAAACUCUUAAUGAACUGAAUGACAUGCAAAAAGGCAAACACAGGACACACACUGAUCAUGGAAUGAAUGUAAACACUCCGUCACACGCUGUGGAUGACGCUGAGGUUGUUCAGCAGACCAGCACCAGGACUUCUUGGCAGGACCAAAACGAGAAGCCUCGGACAGUAACGACAGUUUGCCGCCCACUCCACGCAGCUCUCAGCCUCCCUCUGUCCUUUCCUCUGUCCUCUUUGUACACAAACAGGGACUCCUGGGAAUCUCGGGUACCUUACUCCUCAUCCUCACCAGAAUGUCCAGAGUUUCCAGGCCCACACGCCAGCCAGCCUCAGAGGAGAACAUCACAUGGAUCUCUGAAAGAGAAGUCUAUUCGGCGAAAGGUGCAGGUUUAUUCUCCAGACAGCCCAAGCGAUGAAUCACUCAGCAGUCCAAUCCUGGAGGCAGACUACAUCUUCCCCGGACCUUUUGCCUCUUUUCUGGAGGAAGACCUCAGUGGAUUAUCUUCUCUGGAUGCAGCUUCAACUCCCUCGUCCACAGCUGGCACGCCAGAUCUCCCAUGCAUCAGCCAUGGAGAUAUUUUCAGUGUUCAGUCAGAACCCUUGCAGAUAAUAGAGGACUCAGAAUCCGGAGCGGAGGAGGAGGAGGGCGGCAUCGUAGAGACAUCGCUUCACCCAGCAGGGAGCUUUUUGCCACGCAGUCGACAAACUGACCAAGAGCGUCGGCGUUUCUCAGCUUCAGAGCUAAUAUCAAGACUGCAGCUCUCCCAGAGGAAGAACUCGUUCACCUUAAAGCUGGGCAAGUCAUUGUCUGCUCGGGUGGCCUCCAAAGACAAGCAGAACUCCAACAGCCUGAGCCCCAACCUGGACUAUAAGUGUAACUCUAGACAUCGCAGCUCGGGAGGCUCUAGUGACAGCGGCACCUACAGUCCUGUUGGAACUGGGCUCCCACUGCCCAGUGGCGACAAUGGGAUAUCUUCUUAUCGGUGGAGCACUAAACUUGGAAUGCGUAAGAAAUCCAUAGAGGAAGACUUGAGCAUACCUUCAUCAUUUCCCACUUCAAAUCGCCUGUCACGUUUUUUGCCAAGCUCGAUCCUCUACCAGGAGUACAGCGAUGUGGCAAUCAACCGAGAGAUCCAGAGGCAACAAGGGAAGGAUCCAGGAACAGAGGAGGAGGGACUCAGAGAUGAAGGCUCAGAUGGAACUCCAUCUCCGUCAAAUCUUUCUCCAUCCAGCUCGUUUCGCUCUUCUCGAGGCUCUGCAUUUGCACUGUGGCAGGAUAUACCUGAUGUGCGAACGAGCGGUCAGUUAGACACCUUCAGCAACGAGGAGAGAAAACUGCAGGAGGCAAAGUUUGAGCUGGUAACUUCUGAGGCGUCAUACAUUCGUAGCCUGACGAUUGCUGUGGACCAUUUCAUGUUGUCUCAGGAGCUCACAGAGUGUCUUGGGGCUCAGAGGAAGCAGUGGCUCUUUUCCAAGCUGCCUGAAGUCAAAGAUGUCAGUGAGAGGUUCCUUCAGGACCUGGAGCACAGGCUGGAGAAAGACAUUCUCCGUUUUGAUGUGUGUGACAUAGUCCUGGAUCACUGCCCAGCUCUGAGAAGGGUCUAUUUGCCUUACGUAACCAACCAGGCUUAUCAGGAGCAGACAUACCAGCGGUUGCUGCAGGACAACCCUCGCUUCCCUGGCAUCCUGGCUCGCCUGGAGGAGGACCCCAUCUGCCAAAGGCUGCCCCUGACCUCCUUUUUAAUCCUCCCGUUUCAGAGGAUCACACGACUCAAAAUGUUGGUGGAGAACAUCUUAAAGAGGACAACACCGGGCUCCAGAGAUGAGGACACGGCCACAAAGGCUUUCAACGAGCUAAAAAAGAUCAUCAAAGAGUGUAAUUCCAGCGUGCAGUCUAUGAAGAGGAUGGAGGAACUCAUCCACCUCAACAAGAAAAUCAACUUUGAGGGCAAAAUCUUUCCUCUCAUCUCCCAGUCCCGCUGGUUGGUGAAGCACGGUGAGCUCCUGGAAGUGGACACCCAGAUGAUGAGCAUUUCGGGAUCAAAACUCAAGCUGCCCACCAAGCCAGUGUACCUCCACUUGUUUAACGACUGCCUGCUGCUGUCCAGGAGGAAGGACACAUGGAAGUUCAUGGUGUUUGUGCACGCUAAGAUUGGAGAGCUGAAAGUGAAGGAUCUCAGCCAGAAGCUGCAGGGAAUCUCAGGCUUCAUCUUCCAUCUGCAGCUGUGUGAAGGCCAGCAGCUCAAACAUCAGAUCCUUCUCAAAUCACACACAGAGAGUGGUAAGCAGAGAUGGAUCACAGCAAUGUUUCCAUCUGAUCCAUUUGAAGACAUUGAGCAGGCCAGUGAAAAUGAUGAUAUAUCCCAGGUGCAGUGCAUUAAAAGCUAUCAAGCCCAAGAACAUGAUGAGUUAACUUUGGAAAAAGCUGACAUUCUUCAAGCUAAAACCAUUACAAGUGACGGCUGGGUGGAGGGCAUCAGGCUGUCAGAUGGGGAGCGGGGCUGGUUCCCCAAAACCUACGUGGAGGAAAUCACAAGUCGGAGCGCUCGCCUCCGCAACCUCAGAGAAAACAUCCGCAUCAAAUGUGUCACACAGAAACUGAAAGGGGAGGACUGAGAGCUUUUACUGCAAAGCUGCGAUCCGGAUGAUCGAUUUCAUUUAAGGUGGAUGUCUGGAAUUCUUACAGUCAGCAGGUGCUGAAAUAAGACUUAUUUUUUUCCUCUAACAUGUUAAAAAGACAGCAAAAAUAUAAAUUUCUAUUUUACAUUUUCAUCUCAAACUUUUCACCUGUAAAAAAAACCCGGCUACAUUAACAAUUUAAAGCUCAAAUUAUUUAUUUUUAUCAAAACAUUUUUACGACUAUUUUAGUUUGGUAUACAGUGAAAAAACUUUGAAACAAGGAUUUAACCCAGAAACAAAAUUGUCUGCAAUUUCUCCGGCUGAAUAUAUCUUCAGAUUGUCCCAUGCAGACAUGUGAGCUUCGGAAGGCACACAGGAUAAACUCAAGACAUCAGAUAUUUGCUGCUGCAAUGCCUCAGGACACAAGCUUUAGGCAUCGCUUCUUCUCUUCACAAGGCCUUAAAACUCUGCUCUGUCUUCUGCAUACGACCAAAUCCUGAGCGGAGCAACAGAUAAAUUGAUUUCUCAGGAGAGUUUCUGUAUCUGAAACCAUUAAACUGAGACAGCGGGAAAUGCUUAAGUCGCCUCUUUUUAGGCUUUCAUACCAGAGAGCCAUAUUUGACUGGACUCUUUCACUGAUCAUAAAUGAAUGAGCAGGAAAUGAAGGCCUGUUUUACCUUAUACAGUAGUUUCUAAUUCAUCGAAGUGUAGAAAAAAGUAUUUUAUUACUCCGUAUAGCUGUUGAGGAGAAACAAAGGUCAACUAAAAAACAGUUGACUUUUCUGUGGUUAGCUGGGCAGGACUAUAAAACUACCUCCUGCCAAAUUUUUGUUUUGAGGAAAUAGGAAAAAUCCAGCAAUGACCCAAACAAAGAAAAUAUCCCAGGUAACGAACUAUUUACCUGGUAAACAUUCCCACUUGUAUGUAAAACAGUUUUUAUAUAUAUAUAUAUCUAUAUAUAUAGAUAUAUAUAGAUAUAAAUUCUCUGUUACGUCCAGAACUCUGUUUCAUCCCUUGAUUUUAGUUUUCAUCGACUCUUGAGUUAAACUAGUAAAGAAAAGUUUUUUAGUGAGCGACUGUUGAAGGUCCCGUAAAACACUACAAGAAAGUUUAGCUCCUUUCACCUGGAACCAAAGGAAAUAUGUUUUGGCCCGAGUUAUUUUGCAAACUACUGUUUUUCUAUUUACAAAGCAUGAAUCCUGAGACAAUGCAUCUCCCUGUGCGGAAAGCAAUAAUUUUCUGUUCAAACUGUUCCAUCAAAAUCUAUAAUUUAGCUGAGUCCUGAGGCGGAUGCAUUUCUGAAAAACACGAGCAGGUUUUUUUUUUUGUAAGUUUCAAACACUUCAUCCUUCUGUUGUAAAUUGUAGCCAAAUUUUCACUGCUGAAAAUAAAAACCCAAAUAAUGAUGCACUGUUUACUACUGACAAAAAGACCUCCUGUGUGGGAUAUUUGCUGUUUUUUAAGAAUUUGUGAACGGACCAGAAUACGGUGGUUAGGGUAGACCUUUUCAUAUUUGUUUACUGUAUAUAAGGAAAAUAACGUGUUUGCUAUGAAAAGUGUACAAACAUAUUCAGCUCCACUUAAACCUUGACAUACAUUCACCUCCAUAAAUCCCACAUCACUUUAGGCAUUUUCAUGAUUUGGCCAAGAACUGAUUAUACUGCCAGUUUAAGUAUCUUGACACCCUAUGUCAUUAUAUACAGCAGCGUUUCCCAACCCUGGUCCUCGAGGCACCCUGACCUGCUUGUUUCCCUUCAGCACAUCCCUUUCAGAUGAUUACAAUUCAGUAAAAGCCUGUUAAUCAGCGAUCAAUUGAAAUCCUGUGUGCUGAAGCAGAGAAAUGCCUAAAACAUGCAGGGCAUUGUGCCUUGAGGACCAGGACUGAAAAACACUGACAUACCGAACAACCUAGUCACUGAAGUCCAUGCUUUGGAGUAGCGAGGAAAAGUGUUUAAAGUAAAUGGGGCCUGACUUGUCCAGCAAUGGACCAGAAGAGCAUUGUGGGAUAUGUAGUAUAAGCAUUGCAUGCACUUUUUACCAGUGGGCCAAUCCUUGUAGGGAUUUAGGGUGCAUUCCCUGUUUAGUCCGUGUUAAUCAAACUCUAGUCUGUCUAGAUUCUAGACAGACUAGAAUCUGUCUAGAACCCCACCUCCCCAAAUUGGGGAGGUGGGAAUGCGCAAUUAAACUCUGUUGCAGACAAAAAAAUCAAACACUGAUCUGCCUAGAAAUCUCGGUCUCGGUUCAGCUGAAGUGAACUCUGGUGUCGUUCAAAUACAUGUGAAUGCAAGUGGACUGGAAACCGCUCCAAAAGCAGGAAUGGACUACAGCACAGAGCGUUCUGGGUAAAUACGACGAAAGCAAACGUGUGAGUCUAGCGCCACCAGAAGAAAUGGUUUGUGGUCAUUUACCAAAAAUAAAUCCUACAACGGUUAAAAUCUGAUUUUGUUUACAUUGUGUGAAGAAGGGAGCUGCGCUCAGUGUCUUUUUGUGUCGUUUCCUUCAGCGGUUCAUGGUGCAGCGCCACCACAGGCUGGGGGACGAACAUAUUUUUUCAAAGGUUUUUUUUUUAGUUUGAUAGUGCAGUGAGAAAGCAAACCACACCAGCUGAAAAUGUAACAAAUGUUGUAAUUUCGCUCCCUGGUUGAGCUGACUCUACUGGACUUUUCUUAGAAUUGUGAAGCAAUUAUUUGAAUUCCUAAACUAAUACGACAUUUAUGCUCAUGAUGUGUGGUUGGAAAGUGAUUCCAUUUACAAAUCUGUGUGAAAAAUAUAAAUUUUACUUUCACAGAUGCUUAAGUAAAAAAUGUGCAUGCUCUGACCUCUGACCCGGCUUUAAGUCAGUGUUUUUCCACUGUAGCUCCUUUCAGUCAGCAUUAUUUGAUGAGCAGCCCAGUGUGACUGAGCUGAGAUCUGUUUAUGGACCACUAUAAUCCACUUUUCCAGUGGCACAUGCAAUGUUUCGGACUUUCUGUCAAAUAGCUGUUUGUUGUAAUUUAAACUGUUGCUGUUGUGGCAUCUGUAUUUAUGUUCCCCCAGAUUCUGAUGUGUUUUACUGUAGAUGGCGUUGUGUAUAAAGAGUUAGAACUUG